GAGCAAAACUACUCAUACAUCUGCCAUCUUAGUAAAGGAUUUGGUGGUGGCGAGGCAAAGAGUCCGGGCGGGCCAAGGAAUCGUUCACGUUUUUCGGCCACCAUUUCCUUUGCUUGUGUUGCGUGUUUGUGUGUGUGUCAGGUGUUAAGGGCGAAAAGAGGGAGGUGACGGUGGUUAUCGUCUUUGAAAGUAGACGUCUCGGUAAGAUGCCAACCAGCUGCGCGGCCUACGGAUGUACAGCGGUGUACAGGAAAAACACCAACACCAGCUUCCACAGGUUUCCCUCUAACCCUUGGAGACGGACAGAAUGGAUACGGCUUGUUCGACGUGAAAACUUCAAGCCAAGCAAACACACCUUCCUUUGUUCGAAACAUUUUGAGCAAACGUGCUUUGACCGCACAGGACAAACUAGGCGCCUGCGAGAAGAUGCUGUCCCUACAAUAUUUGACUUCCCACCACACAUGCAAAACAAAUUAGUAUCCAGGAAAACCCCUCUGACCUCUGCAGGUAUCAGUAACCAGCAGGACUCAUCCAAGUCUAGCAGUAGUACUGGCACGAACACUAGGACUACUAGUACUAGCACUCGGACUACCAGCACUAGCACCAGCACUAGUCCUUGCACCACCAGCAGUACGGAAGUUUUCCAAGAACAUAGUUAUUGUUUGGCCAAUCCUGUUGUGGCCAAGAGGAAGGUGUUCCAGUUGCAAGAUGAAGUGGACUACCUCCGUCAACAAAUAAGAAUCAGCAGACAAAGGGAACGUCGAGUGGUCAAGAAAUGGAGAGGCAUCAGCAACUUGCUCGAAGACCUGAAAGAAAGAAACCUUUUGCCUAAGGGCAAAGGAGCAGAGCUUGUUCAGUCUGUCUUGACUGAUGAAUCAUUUAAAGGCAGAUGAACAGACUGGACUUCCACUAGUGCGUGGGUACAGUGACCAGACAAGGCAGUUUUGCUUCGUUUUACUGUCCAUUUCUUUUGACCCUAGAGCACAGGAAUGAAUAUUGUGAACAAUCCCUUUCACCUCCCAAAAUCUGCAGUGCUUGGAUGCUUUGGUUUAUUGGUUGUUGUUUGCUUCAGCAGUCGAUAUAAAAACAUUUGAGUGAUGCACAUUGCAUUUGUUAGACUUGAAAUGUAGCCAAGUAGUGCAGCUGUUGUUACAGGGGACAUUGGUGUAUGAUUUAGUGACAACAGACAUCUGCUCACAAAACAUGGCCAGAUUAAAUACUUGCCCUAUCAUGGUGUGCCAGGAAGUAUUGGCCAGUUAACUUGGACGAUGCCAUGACUGUGUUAUUCAGUGGGUCCUGACAAAUUACUAGCCAACUAUGUGCCUUGACACCAGCCUCAGAAGGACACCCUCUGCGCCGGCAUAAUGUUUUUAUUUCCCAUAUCAAUAGCCCUGUGUAAGUGCACACACCACAAGCUGGAUUGAGACUGCACCUGAUCCAUUUGACACAGGCUUUUCACAGCCAGCCAUAAGCAAGAGAAGUGCUUGCCCUAAUAAUUGAAUAGAAUAUCAUCACCAAUAGGUACAACGAGAAAUCAGACUCCUACGUCUUGCAAAUGUUACAGCUGUCUAUACCUGCACACGAAGAACCCAAGCAGAUGCAGUCUUCAGAACCAACUGUGGCGGGAGUUGCAUAGAAACCCACAAGAUUCCAUGGACUUACAACAGCUCAACAAGUAGAGGAGUUACGAUCACUACAGUUUAUCACCCUUCCCAGAAACUCAAUGGCAUCUUACUUUUAAGUCUAAAUGGCUGCCCUGGAGUUUAUAUACCAGCUGUAAAUAUGAGGUGUGUUGCAGAAAUAAGAGCAGUUAUGCUCAGUAAAAGGCCAUGAUACCUCAUAGGCAUUUUUUAAAUAAUGAGGAAAUGUCCCAUAGCUGUUAGCAAAAACACGGGUGCACAUAGGGAUGAAUGGGUGGUGUGUGGGGAAGAAGGUAAUGUCUUUGAACAGCUUAAAAACAUAUUCCUGUUUUGUUUAGUUGCCUGCUGUGUAUAUUGCAGUACCAUUGAAACAUAGGUCGCAUAAACAAAUUAUUUUUAAGAUGUCCUGUUGGAUGAAUGAAUUAAAUUAGUCAAUCAGUAGCAGAGCCAUUCAAAUCUGCAGUCCUAGGUUCAAUCUACAGUCAAUGCUGACUAAUCCAAUUCUCAACUGAGCUGCAAAAAGGAAGACUAACAUUGUCAAUGAAACUUCUACAUGUGUAGAAAAAUCAACCAGGUUUGCUGUUCUUGUUCUAGACAUCAAUACUGCAGGAGCUCAUUUGUGAACAUUGGGUGAUGAGACAUUUAAUUUUGACACUUUGACCAUGUUCCACUUUAAUUGAAUGACUGAAUGCCCACCAUGUAGUUUUAAAGGAGAUUGGGAACAGGUCAAUCGUCUUUGUAAACCAAGUGAAAGAUUGUAAAUGGCACAGGGAACUUUAGGAAUCUAGCAGGUGAGGGAAAUACUCUCUUCUUGGGGAAGGAAAAAGAUAUAAGUUCAUCCACUACCCUAGCAGUUCUGGUAAUUAAUGGGUUCAGGCGUAUGGGAACUGGAAUGGAUCAUUCUCCCCUCGAGCCUGUUCUGCUGUUCGGUUAGGUGAUAGUUCAUUAUUUUUCUUGACUCCAUCCAUCCAACUUGCUAUACCCAACAAAAAAAAUCUGAAUUUUUAAAUUGUGACUCCACGACACCUGCCUUAUCCCAUUCCACUUGCUUCAACAGGAGGGCUCCAAGUUCCACUCUUCUUUCGGAGGAGAUUGUGCAGGAUCCAAUGUGCUUAACAAUAGCUGCUAAAAUUGGAAUAAGUGUGAGAUCAUUUGAACCUUUUUCUUUUAUAAAAGAAAAUUAUCUUUUGAUUCAGCAUAGAUUUCCCUGGAUUUGUAAUGAUUCUCCAUUCUAAUCUGCUUACUGAAAGCAUUGGAUGGAAGCACAGAAUAUGUAGAAAGAACAAAAAAGAAUUCAUUGAAAUCUAUUAAAAGUUCUUCAUGCUGAUCAUUUCAAUCCAAAGGAUUUUCCAGAUCAGAGUAAACUUCACAAUGUGAUAAAGAUGUAUAUGUUCAUAAUGUAACUUUAUUUCACAACAUUGAGGAAUCAAACAGGGAAUGAUACUGAGAUUGACAAUUUCAGCAAAGAGGAAGGGAUAUAGAUGACCAGAAGGCAACAAGCAAGCUGCAAAAAUGAAAAGAAUGAAAGAUAAUGUUGACAUACAAACCACAUGAAUAAGAAUGCCAUAAGAAAAUGACUAAUCAUAUCUUUUUUCAGCAAUGAAAAAAAUUCUUUGUCAAAAUUUCUCACCUUGCGUUCAUCAGGACAAUUUGCAAGAGUAAUAAUUGAAGGGGAAAACCCACAAAAGUGUGUCUUUAUUUUGGAUGCUGGUGCAAUCAGGCUGAUACUGCAAAACUUGUGGCAUGACAAUUGUACUGGAGGUGCCAGAAAAAAAACAUGAUAAAAUGGACUAAUAAUGGUCAGUAGUCCUAUCACAGGUUUUAUGUUGCAAUUUAAAAAACAAAAAUAAGUUAAUUAUCAAAUCCAAUUUCAAGAUAUUUUAUGGAAUUACUUCCUACCUUGAUAAUUAUAUACUUUAUAAUUUACUGUAACGUUGAUACACUGAAACUAUCCAUAUUACUUGAGACUUAACAUCAUCUUCGAGAAUUCAGUUUGUUUUUCAUAGUAUUGGAGUUCAUGCCAGCCAAACUGCUGAAUACGACCUGCUCUAUUGGAUCUAUGAAAUGCACUGCAUGUGUACAUAGGUGUAUCACUUUAGAUUCUGACUGCCAUUUACACAGAUUGUACUUGUGCAUCAGUGUACUUUCAAAUCAGCUGUUCUGGAAUUUGAAAUUUUGCUCCACUCAGCCCUGAUUAUUUGCAUUCCCCCAGUGAUUCAUAAUUGAUGGAUGACUUUGCUUGUACUCUCAGAAAAUUCCUUCCUAAACUCCCAAUUCUCCAACUAAAUCACUGCCUUAAAAAGGAGAAAUCUCUUUUCCAGGCAUUGCUUGCACAGCAGUGGCUCACCAUCUAAUCUCCAUAAAGUGAUGGAUUGCAAGUUGGUGAUGUAAUACCAACACUGAGACUGAGUGCUAUCCAACCACUUGCUGCUGCUAUACUGCAAAUUGAAAGAAAAGGCUAUAAUAGAAUAGGAACUGGCUUAAAAAAACGCUACACUUAAUAAGUGUAAAUGCUUCAAAAGAGCAGACGUUAGUUUUGGGGUUAGCUGUACCAUAAGCCUGUGAACUGCCUGAAGUCAAUUGUGGAGAUUGUUGAGAUCUCAUUUCUUCAUGGAAGCAGCUAAAAGUUCAAGAAAACUCACAAUACUUAAAAAGCAGGGAAAGGAAGGUGAAGAAUGUGUAUGUGUAUUCCCUUGGGUAUAAUUGUUUGCAGCUAUACAUGCAUUUAGAUGCUAGCAUAGCAUUUAACAUUAAUUUUAUUUUGGUUUCUUCAUCAUUGAUGUUCAGAGAAUUGUAUUAUUGUGACAAAUUCAAUAAA